GAAAAAAGAAAAAAGGCAACUAUUCUCCAAAAAGUUUAACAGAUUCCACACUGAUUCAAUACAAUUUUCUGAAAACAUAAAUGAAGAAGCUAGUGUGAAAUCGAAGACAAGUUCAAUAGUUCAUAGUAUUCUUCAUGGUUCAGCUGCUACAAAAGAAGAAGAAAAACAUACUCAUUCAAAAUCUUUACAUUGUCCUAAAAUUGCCAAUGAUCCAGAUAAUUCAGUUCAUCUUUGUGGUAGUUGGCAGACUGAAAUUGGCGAUCUUGAUACUUUUGUUCAUAUCUGGGAAUAUUAUGGAUAUAAAGGAUACCAUGAUACAUACAAUAGAUUAAAUAAUGAUUCACAAUAUCAACAAUUUCUAAAAGAGAUUCGACCUAUUCUUUUGAACCGUUAUAGUCAGAUAUGUUUAGAGCAUCGUGGUCUUGAGUGUCGUAGACAAUUCUGUGAACCUGUUGGUGCUUGGUUUUCUCAGUUGGGAUUGUUAAAUCGUGUUCAUCAUAUGUGGCAAUACCCUGAUCUUGAAAACCGUAAAAUCACACGUGAAAAGGCUUGGGAGGUUGAUGGUUGGGCAGAGACAGUUUAUAAAACUGUUCGGUUGGUUCAAAAAAUGGAAACAAACAUUUUAAAACCAUUGGAUUUUAGCCCAUUAAGAUAG